AUGGACAGUUUUGCUCUUUCUUAUACAGAUGAGCCUGUCCUGUACAGUGGUAUCCCAAAUGCAAUUAUUGGGCCCUACUUCCCCAGACACACCCUGUCCAUCACCGAGUUUCUCCAGUUUAAGCUCCCAUCACUCCAAACAAAUUUACAAAGCACAUCCACAUGCCUCAGUAAUCAUCCACCCUCCAUCCCAGAAUUAGCUGAAACAAAAAUAGGCAUACAUUAUGUCCCUAUCAGCAUCAUCCGAAUCUGGGAAGUCCUAUUUCAGAUACAAAAUAUCCAGAAGAUGUGGAAAGAGUCAGAGACACAAGUUGAGAAACUGGCAAGCUGUUACCCUACUCACCGCAUUGCCAUCAAGGCAGCCCAAAAGCAGCUCCUGUCAUGUGAGUGGAACACCAAAAUCCUUGGGUUCUCAAAAUCAAUUCUGGGUUCCAUUAAAGGACUGAUACAUCAUCUCACCUUGUCCUGUCUGGUAACCACCGACAUCUCGUACCAUGUAGAACUUCUCGAAAGGGAUUUGGAGGCCCAUGGAAUAAGUGCUAGGCUCUUGAGCCCCAUUGAUGUCCAGUACCUGACUGGAUGUGCAACACAACCAGAUGGGAAUGGCCAUGAAAGAUUUGGCUCUGAGCUCUCAUCUGGGACAAUACCUCAGUUCGGUGGAAUCACUCACAUCAACAAUAAUCAUUGGGUCGCAUUCCUGAUCUCUACCACAGAAGCAACCAUUUUCCUUGUGGACUCCUUACAUGGAGUUGAUGGACCAUCAGUUGCAGCCACAGAGGUGAUUCAUGUUCUUCAAUGGUGGCUCAGCACAUCCUAUUUGGAAUUAAACCAAUCAGCACCUCCAUUUCAGGUUGCAUGGCUGCCAGUCGCUUACCAAAACGAUGCCACUUCAUGCAGCUUCUUUGCUCUCAAUGCAUUGAUGCACCAUUUUAUCCCAAAAAAAUACCCACUUGCCACUGGCAAAGAUGUCGUGAUGCUUUGUGUCAAGUUCCUCACAUCAAUCCUCAACCACCAUGAUGCACAGAUGAACCCUACCCCAGAAGCAAUAGUGAUAGCUGCCCUGGUGGUGGCAACCUCAGCAGUGAUCACUGGACCAACAAUGUCGGACCCAGGAAUAGCUGAGCCAGUGCCAAUGACGUUCUCAUCAUUGGUGGCCACCUCUGCAGCGACAAUCCCUGUAGCAGAAACUGGGCAGCCAAUGAUCUUGGACCAUACAAAAAUCCAAAUGGAGACCUUGACAGUACUCCCAACGGUAGCAGAACCAGCUCACCCCAUAAAUCAGGAAACUAGCCGAGCUAUGGUGGGGAUCUCAGUUGGCUCCGAUGUUGGGAAAUCGAAGGGAAAAAAACUGAAGUUGGACUUCACUGUGACAAAGGGGGAUGAGGGACAUGGGUUGCUGCAGUUCUUCCACAGAGUAAAUCACAAGGAAUUUGUGAAGCAAAGAUCAAUUGAGUUUGAGAAAAUCACUGAAAGAUGUGAAGAAGCAAGAGCAGUGGGGCAACUGGCAGCAAGACUGAAGUUGGAGAGAAGUCGAGCAUUAGCAUGGGAAAGACAGCAACGUCACCAAGCAAUGUUGGCAGCAGGCAGAAAGGACACAAAGAAAAAGGUGAAGUCUAUUCAGCAGAAUUCCUGUGAACUCUAA